AAACUUUGGUCAAUGUCUACCCAUUUUUAUCGCGUUUCCAGUUUAUAACAACGAGCGUUCAUACUGACGGAAACUGAGCGCGCCGUCGACCAAGCAGUCGUCUUCUUCGGCUCAACAUAUCUUUCCUCUCCGUCUUUUCCGGAAAAGAAUCUCUUUUUCAGAUAAGUUCAGCUUCUUCAUUCCGUCAAGGGAGGCAAGGAAACCUAAUAGGCAUCGGAGGGGAAAUCUGUCGAACCUUCCAUGGGCCAAUCCUCUAGCCGCAGCAGGAGGCGCGACGACUACCGUCAAACAUAUCCUCAACAUGCCCCACUUCCUCCUCCUCCUGUACAGCCACCAUUAAAUCCUCCUUAUAAUCCUUCCUCUCGACCUAACUUCAGCGCCCCUAAUUACAAUCCCCCUCCAGCGCCUGCAGGUCCGUACUACUACGCUUACCAACCGCAGCCAAGCAGCAGCUACAAUGGACUGAUGAGAUUUUUUGAGUCCUGGGUAAAUAACAGCUUCCCGUCUUAUUACCGUCCAAAUCAGGGGAAUGGGUGGUUGAAUUCUGCUGGCCCACCGCCUCCGGCCGCCAUGCCGCCCUAUACAUCUUUCUCAGCGGCAUCAUCUUCAUCGAUAGUGGUUGCGCCACCCCCUUAUGUUGAGCACCAAAACGCUAAGACGAUAAAAAAUGAUGUUAAUUUGCAUAAAGACAUGAUUCGAUUAGAAGCGGAUGUGCUGAACCCGGAGGAGUACCUGGUCUCUUUUGUCUAUGACGCCGUCGUGGAUGGGAGCGUAACUAUAUACUAUUUUGCUAAAGAAGGAGCCAACUGUAGCUUUUCAUCAAUUGAAGAAGAUAUAUAUAAGCCCAGGAGUUAUCCUUUUGAGAAAGGAACAGCGAGAAAGUUUUGUCAACCAUCAGGGCAUGGCAUUGACUUAGGCUUCUUUGAUUUAGAAAGUCUUUCAAAGCCAGCAAACGGAGAAGUCUUCCCGCUUGUUAUUUAUGCCAAAGCAUGCGGACCAACUCUAAUAGAUGGCCAGUCUGUUCAGUCUGCUGCAACUCACUUGCAGAUUACAUUAGCCAUCAUUGAGAAGAAUAAUACAGGGGCGUUUGAAGUUAAAGUAGUAAAGCAAAUCUUAUGGUUUGAUGGUGAACGCUACGAGCUGCAAGAAAUAUUUGGCCUGGCAGAUUCAAGUGAACCAGUAGAUGAUGCGGAUGAUGAUAUUGGUAAGGAGUGUGUAAUCUGCUUGACAGAAACAAGGAACACUGCUGUUUUUCCCUGCAGGCAUUUGUGUAUGUGUAGUGAUUGUGCAAAAUCAUUGCGGGUCCAAUCAAAUAAGUGCCCCAUAUGUCGCCAACCUGUGGAGAAACUAAUGGAAAUUAAUGUAAAUUUGACCAGCUCUGAUAAGUGAGACAAAUUCUGUUUAGUCUUCCUGAAGUUGGGCACACUGAGCUAUUGAAAAAAACUAUGUAGAUAUUAAAGAUACGUAUGACUUUCAUAAUGUUUACCUCAAAUUUCCAUUUGCUGUAUGUGUGAAUAUUCAAAAAAUGUUGAACAGUGUGCAUAAAUAUGACGCUUCUCUUGAGUA